GUGAUAAUAAUUCUUAUCAGCAAAUAGAGUCGCUUUAGUUAUUCGAUUUCUACUUUUUGUAAAAAGAUGUUCGAUUUAUAUUCAGUCUCAUUUUGAAUUAUUUACAGUGCACUUAUGUUUUGGAAUAUAAAAAUGUUUAGUAAAAUCAUAUUUUUUUACGUGAUAAUCUGUGUCUAUUGCGAUUGGUGUUUGUCAGCACCAACAUUAAAUGAUUUGAAUGAUCCUAUGAUUCACAAAAACGAGUUAACUCUUCAACGCAGUCGACGCCAAAUAGAUCUAACAAUAUCGGCUGAUCAUGAUGAUAAGGACGAUGAUACGGAAAUCGCCUUAGAAGCCAUAGCAAAUCUCUGGCGAAGCCAAGAUGGAAAUACUCAAAUCGAGGGCUCAGCAAAGGUCAUACACCGCUCGAACGCUCUGCAAUCUGCUCCUGACGAUUGGCGCUUGGGUGUUCGUGUAGUAUUUAGUUAAACGUGCACAAAUAUAAAUUUUUAAAUGUUUAAAUUUUGUUUGCUAUUAAUUUGUUUAACUGUCCUCGUUGAUAAACUUUGAACUCAAAUUGAUUCGCUUUAUCACAAAAACAAGAAAAUUAAAACAUUUUUUGUGCGUAUUGUAUUAUAACAAAUAAAUUAAUA